AUGGCUCCUGGUCAGAAGGUUGGAGCAAGCAGCCAACAACCAAGAGGAUUAACAAGGCAUCAUAAUUCACAUGAGUUCUGGGGCAACGAGUACAAGAAUGAUGAUGAAAAUGAAAAUCCUUUUAAAAACUACAUGAGAAAGAUGGGCAUCAAAUUUUCCAUAGACCCAGAUGACAAGGAAGUUGAAGCUGCAUGCUUUGAUUUGCUCAAGACUCGGCAACGGCAAUUAAGGCACAAGUGA